CGUACGUCCCCGCGCCCUCAGAGUGUUGCAUGGAGGUGCUGCCGGCCCCGCACAUCCAGGCUGCGGCAUAGCUAGGAGCACAGAGGAAGCAGUGGCCGGUGGUGGCGGUGUUGAGGGCAGUGUUUACAGUGUGGCGGCGUGACCUGCCAGAAUCAAGAUGGUGCGGUACAGCGCCCAGCCGGAGAACACCACCAAGUCAUGCAAGGCCAAGGGGUCAAACCUGCGAUGCAGCUUCAAGAAUACUUGUGAGACUGCCAAUGCCAUCAAAAAGAUGACCUUGGCAAGAUCUGUUCGCUACUUGAAAAAUGUCAUUGCAAAAAAGGAGUGUGUCCCCUUCCGUGUGUACAAUGGAGGUGUGGGCAGGUGUGCACAGGCUAAGGCAUGGGGGAUCACCCAGGGCAGGUGGCCGAAGAAGAGUGCCCGUUUCCUUCUUGACCUGCUGAAGAAUGCUGAGAGCAAUGCUCAGUACAAGGGUCUUGAGGUCGACCACCUGGUGAUUGAGCACAUCAUGGUCCAGCGCGCCCGUCAGAUGCGCCGUCGCACCUACAGGGCUCACGGCCGCAUCAACCCCUUCAUGUCCUCACCGUGCCACAUUGAGGUGAUUCUGUCUGAAAAGGAACAGGUUGUUGCCAAGGCACAGGAUGAACCAGUGAAGAAGAAAGUCUCUAAGAAGAAACUUGCUCGUCAAAAGCUUAUGGCUGCCAGGGAAUAAUUUGUUCAUUGCAAUAAAAAAAAAAAAUCAAAGAAGGGAAGUUUCAUUAACCGAAUGAUUAUUGUUUCUAUUGCAAGUUGACUAUUAAGUGAUAAUAAUAUUGUUUUAUGUUUACACCUGUGGAUGCAUAGUUAUAUUCAAGCAUGAAAACUAAAACCAGAAGCCUUCAUUUAUUAUCUUAGUAAGCUAACAUGUUCUAGCUGGACAUAUCUUCAAUAUAAGUCUGUAUAUUCAGUGUGUUAAUUUCCCUCCUCUUUUUGAGCUAUUUGGAGUCCCUUUCAUCAAGUUUCAUGUGGGAUAUAUUUAGGCUGUCAAUAUGUUGCAAAGAAAAUAGUUUGCAUGGAGGUUCAAGCCACAACAAUUGUUCCAGAAUAUCUAUAUUUGUUAUUUAGUAAUGCACUUGAAUCUAGUGAAUUUCAGAUGAAGAUGGAAGCUACCCUUACCACCAGGAUGUUGACCACCUUGGGAUUUCAAAAGAGCAGAUCUGCCGAUGGUCGUUUGGUGGUGUGUUCAUGGGUAUGUAUCUAAAUGUUUUCCUUUUGCCCUGUCUAGUGAUAUGAUGUUUUGCAUAGUUCAACUGAAAACAAUGUUGACAAUAAUUUACUGAGAGAUCAAAACUUUUUAUGACGUAGGUCAGUGUUAUGGUGGUUAUGUUUAUAUUCUUCUCUUUUCUGUUGGACAAUUGAUGUUGGUGUGUCCGGGUUGGAGACAAACAGCUGUGAAGGAGAUAAUUGUUGAAGGAAUGACAAGUGUGUUGCUUCACUGCCACUACCAUGAAGGAGUGGAGAUCUACUGCUGUGUCUUUCUUUGGUGUUUUUUUUGUGAAUGACUGCAGUGUUGCAACUCACUACUUUGUUGAAUGGAGAAGAAGAGAUCUGCAGAUGACCCUUUGGUGGAGUGUUCAUGGGAAUGACUAGUGUGUUGCUUCACUGCCACUACCAUGAAGGAGUGGAGAUCUACUGCUGUGUCUUUCUUUGGUGUUUUUUGUGUGUGAAUGACUGCAGUGUUGUAACUCCCUACUUUGUUGAAUGGAGGAGAGCAGAUAUGCAGAUGACCCUUUAUUGGUGUGUUCAUGGCUGGUAUUGGUGUGUCGUGGUUGGAGAAAAACAGCUCUGAAGAGGAUAUUUGUUUGAGAAAUGACAAGUGUGUUGCUUCACUGCCACUACCAUGAAGGAGUGGAGAUCUACUGCUGUGUCUUUCUUUGGUGUUUUUUUUGUGAAUGACUGCAGUGUUGUAACUCCCUACUUUGUUGAAUGGAGGAGAGCAGAUAUGCAGAUGACCCUUUAUUGGUGUGUUCAUGGCUGGUAUUGGUGUGUCGUGGUUGGAGAAAAACAGCUCUGAAGAGGAUAUUUGUUUGAGGAAUGACAAGUGUGUUGCUUCACUGCCACUACCAUGAAGGAGUGGAGAUCUACUGCUGUGUCUGUCUUUGGUGUUUUUUUUGUGAAUGACUGCAGUGUUGCAACUCACUACGUUGUUGAAUGGAGAAGAGCAGAUAUGCAGAUGACCCUUUAUUGGUGUGUUCAUGGCUGGUACUGGUGUGUCGUGGUUGGAGAAAAACAGCUCUGAAGAGGAUAUUUGUUUGAGGAAUGACAAGUGUGUUGCUUCACUGCCACUACCAUGAAGGAGUGGAGAUCUACUGCUGUGUCUUUCUUUGGUGUUUUUUUUGUGAAUGACUGCAGUGUUGUAACUCCCUACUUUGUUGAAUGGAGAAGAGCAGAUAUGCAGAUGACCCUUUAUUGGUGUGUUCAUGGCUGGUAUUGGUGUGUCGUGGUUGGAGAAAAACAGCUCUGAAGUGGAUAUUUGAUUGAGGAAUGACAAGUGUGUUGCUUCACUGCCACUACCAUGAAGGAGUGGAGAUCUACUGCUGUGUCUUUCUUUGGUGUUUUUUUUGUGAAUGACUGCAGUGUUGCAACUCACUACUUUGUUGAAUGGAGAAGAGCAGAUAUGCAGAUGACCCUUUAUUGGUGUGUUCAUGGCUGGUAUUGGUGUGUCAUGGUUGGAGAAAAACAGCUCUGAAGAGGAUAUUUGUUUGAGCUGGUGUUGGUGUGUUGUGGGAGAAAAACAGCUCUGAAGAGGAUAUUUGUUUGAGGAAUGACAAGUGUGUUGCCUCACUGCCACUACCAUGAAGGAGUGGAGAUCUACAGGCGCAAGAACCAUAGGAAGGAAAGGAGGCGGAGGAAGGACAAGAGCAGCAGCAGGUUAAAAUUGUUCUGGUUGUGGAUUGAAAGAACUGGUGGAGUUGCUAGACCUAAGCCUAGGCUUGGCAUGCUAGUCACAAUACUCAUUCUCUCUUUCUCCUAGCUACUCUGCCACUAUCACUCCCAAUCUUUUCCUUACUCACCAGCUCCACCCUCAUUCCUUCAACACACACAGACAGAAACACUGUUUUUCUUAGCUUAAUCUUUUAGUAUACUUUCUGACAAUGACUUGUUAGGCUCCAGUGUAAAUGCUCCCCUACUCUGGGGAAUAACGAGGCUUAUAAUAGAUACCCCCAAACAUAUGUUCCCCCACCCACCCUCUCAUCAGCUGCUCCAUCCACACAGGACCCACAGGAUGGUGACAAACCCCACAGACAUGCCCCCCAAACACAUAAGAGACCCUCUCACCACAGUACACACUAUGUUGACGUACACCACAGACAACUUUCCCCUUCUGACCCUUUCCCAAUGUUCUAUGUACUAUCUUCUAUCAAUAAAAUAUUUACUUAUAA